AUGGGGUACCGGAAUUCGGAGGUGGACGAGGAAGCUUGGGAUGUAAUGUGUACGGCAAUAGAGUAUAAAAUGCGGACACUCAUCGAGCACGGCGUGCGGGUUGCCCACCGUUCGAACGGCAUGGCCAACUUGGUGUUGGAUGCGAACGCGGUGAUUACUGCGACCCGGUUAUUAAGGUGGGACAGCGUGCCUACAAUUGGUUGUCGUGGCUUUUGGUUCGAGUCGGACGUGGCGGAUGGACCAGUGAUGCUAGACGACUUUUUGGCGGAGGAGUCAUCUAUUCCAGUACCGUCCUUGCCGUGUAUGGAGCUGGAGUGGGUGACCAUGAAUGGCCGGCCCUGCAGUUCUUCGGCAAUCGUGCUGGACAGCAAGGCAGUCUACAAAGGGCGACCAGGUGAUACGACGUGGAACGAGGACUCUUGGUUCUAUCAACCAAAUUGGUCGUUCAGAUCCUUCGAAGGUUUCCAUCGCGAAUUUGUGAAACGACCUAUUAGUCAGGGACCUGGUCAAGGCAGCGACGAAAGCGCCUCCUUAUUUAUGAAAGUGCUCAUGGAAAAAUGUGAUUCCAACUCAAACAGCACUCUGCAGAGUGUGCUAGUCAUACCCAAAAACCUCGAUCGGUAUCUCAGCGACGAAUACAGGCUCUACCUGCAACGGCUGCUAAGCUGCAUCAUUGGCGCCCUCAAGAACUGCGCCAAAACCGAUUUGGACCCGGUCGUGAAGGCUCAGGACAAACUCGCCCUCGGGAAGAUUAUGCAGUCGCUAGGAGAAGGACCCGCCCCCAGCAAACUGGUGCCCUUCGUCUUUGCUCUCAUAUGCGGCCUCGUGCCUCCCGCGGUCGCCGAAGGACCUCCGGAAGCUGUCCUUAUCACUCUCCACGUUCUCGUCAGCUAUGUACAGAACCCUCGGGUCAAAUCUAAACCAUACUUGCACCAAAUCAUCCAAGCGUUUCUGCUUGCGUUGCUGGCCCCGACAAUGGGUCCGAUGGACCCCCCGAUGUUGCUGGAGUCACUGGAGGUGCGGAAGCUUGCGUCGGAAGGACUGAGCUUCGUGGUGCGCGGCGCCGGGACACCUACGGCAUUUAUCUCUGUGGUGGAGAUCCUGUCGGCGACUUUGAGGAAAGAAGAAUUACCAUUGACAACGUUAAUCGGCGCCGUAAUGGGCUGUUCGGCGCUGGGAGAAGAGGCAGUUAAGGUGGCGGUCAAGCCGCUGGCUCGGAAUCUAACUCAGGCAUUGAGCGGAAGUAACACGAUGUUCGGAAUACAUGGGGGAGAUCAGACCGACACAGCCUUCAUGAAAGCCAAGGCUGAACUGACAAACGUCCUUUUGGAACUAGUCACCCGAUCUAUUAACCAACAGUUAUCAUAG